AUGGUACCCAAGGGUCUGCUUCUGCUGUCACCUGUGGUGUGGCAGCCUUUUCUGCCGCGGGAGCAGCAGGACAAAAAGACAUCCUUGACUGACUUCACCAUCUCCGAUGUUGUACGGAGCGGAGUUGAGGUUCCCAGCAGCAGUAUUGGGGUAUAUGCAGGGGACGAGGAAUGUUAUAGUCUGUACAGCACCCUCUUCGAACCUAUCAUGAAAGAAUACCACGGGCUCGAUAAACUACCUGCGCACGUCUCCUGCCUGGAUGCUCGCCGUUUGACGUCUGUGAUUCAGAGUGAAGCGCCAGUCCUGUCCACCAGAUGCAGGGUGGUGAGGAACCUGGCCGGUUACGGAUUUCCUGCAGGCAUGUCCCGAGAGCAACGUCUGGAGGUAGAGAGUCUCCUGGUGACUGCACUGGAAGACCUGAAGGGUCCUAUUUCUAAUUGGUCUUCCAACCAGGAGAAUGACAAGUACCAGGUGGCCGCUGGAAUACAUCGCAACUGGCCGGAAGGACGUGGCAUCUUUUACAACGAUGCCAAAACGUUUUUGGUGUGGGUAAAUGAGGAAGAUCAUCUUAGGAUUAUCUCCAUGCAGAAAGGUGCAGAUGUCAAGGCCGUAUUCGAUCGUCUGUGUCGUGGAAUCAACGCCAUCAACAAGGCUCUGCUGAGGCAUGCGCAGACGGGGUUUGCGUUUCACAAGCAGUAUGGCUACCUGUCCAGCUGUCCCACCAACCUCGGCACGGGCAUGCGCGCUAGUGUUCACGUCAGCGUACCCCCAGCGUUUAACGAUGUCCGGAACAAGUGUCGUCAGCUUGGACUGGACGUUAGAGGCCAACAUGGUGAAACCUCUGAGGCUGAAGGAGGGAUGUAUGACCUGUCCAACCACCAGCGACUAGGGCGUACUGAAGUCGACCUGUUGCAAGCAGUGAUAGACGGCAUCAACACACUCCAAAGCACAUCGACAAGGAAGUAG